AUGCUAGAGAUUCCUUUUGAUGAACAACCCAUGACACGCAUAGAUACAUUGGAUCCUAAAGAAGUUAUUCAAAAGUAUGAUAUUUAUGGUGUUUUGGGAUUUAUAGAAGCAUUUAAAGCAAAGUACAUGAUUGUCAUUUCUUCUGUACAGCUGCGUGGUCAUUUAAUGGGUCAUUCAGUCUAUGUCAUUGACGGUGUAAGCUGUCUGAGUUUUGAUGCAUCGAAAGCAUGUCAACAACUGGAUUUAAAAGCUAUUGAGGAAGAAGAAGAAGAGCAAAAACAACAACAACAACAAGAACAAAAGCAAGAACAAAGACCUGUUCAAUUGACCCAUUCAAACUCAUUUAUGCAUCGUAUCAAAAAGACAUUUUCUUCGAAAAACAAAGGUUUAGAACAAGACAUUUUAUUUGAACAUCAGCAACAACACCAACAAGAAGAAUUAGUGUCUGUUAUGAAGCAAGAGGAUUUACUUGUACCUACUCAACUAUCAGGCAUCUCUGUGUCUUCUACUGCUUCUUCUGUACAUGAAGAAGAUGAUGAAGAAGGAGAGAUGGAUGUAGAAGAUGAUGCAUUAGAACAACGCUUGUUGAGACAAGUUACUGAAAUGUUCAGUAAAUCCAUGUUUCUUUAUUCAAAUACAUGUGAUAUCACGAAUAGUUUUCAAAGAUCGUAUGAGAAGUGCAAGCAAGACAAUUCAGACUAUGAUAACCCACAAGUGCCACUCUCAAAAAAAGUAGAUAGACGCUUUUGGUGGAAUGAGCAUCUUUCUCGAGACUUUUUAACUCAACAGAUGGAUGAAUGGGUUUUGCCUGUUAUGCAAGGCACACUUCAAGUAGAGCCAUGCCAAAUUGAAGGCUAUGCAUUUGAUUUUGUAUUAAUAUCAAGAAGAAGUAGAGAAAGAGCAGGCAUGCGAUAUCAAAGAAGAGGUGUGAAUGAAGAUGGCCAAGUAGCCAAUUUUGUAGAAACAGAGCAAUGUAUUCUGUUCAAAAAAGAUGAUACAAGCCAUGUUGCUUCGUUUAUUCAAACACGGGGAUCCAUUCCUGUCUUUUGGAGUCAAUCUCCUUAUAGUUUACAUCCUGUACCUGCAUUAGAUCGUUCUGAACAAGAAAACAACAAGGCAUUUCAUAAGCAUUUUGAGACCCAAGAGAAAUAUUAUGGAAAGCAAAUUGUGGUUAAUUUGACAGAAUUAGUGGGAAGAGAAGCCAUUGUUGGAUCUGAAUAUCGUAAACAUGUUGAAGAACUGGCUGAUCCAAACAUAAAGCAAUUUGAUUUCCAUAAAGAAACAAAAGGCAUGAAGUUUGAAAAUAUAAGUAGAUUAAGCAAGAGUCUGCAUGAUGAUUUAUCCAAAAUACAGUAUUUUUGGGAAACUGAUUUGAAUAAAGAUCAGACCACAACAGUUUAUUGCAAACAAACAGGCGUCUUUAGAACUAACUGUAUGGAUUGUUUGGAUCGUACGAAUGUUGUCCAGAGUGCAUUUGGAAGAAGUGUACUCAAUUUACAAUUAAUGCGAUUUGGCAUUUCCGAAUAUCCAGAACAAGGCAUCAAGUACUAUGAUGAAUUUGAGCGCAUUUUUAACAAUGUCUGGGCAAAUAAUGGAGAUAUGAUUUCAAGAAUGUAUGCAGGCACAAGUGCUUUAAAAGGAGAUUUCACUAGAACCGGCAAGAGAAACAUUACUGGCAUGAUGAACGAUGCUUCCAAUUCACUUGCAAGGAUGUAUUUUAAUACGAUCAAAGACUUCUGGAGACAGGCUACUGUAGAUUAUAUUCUUGGUUAUCAUAAGGCAGAGAUCUUUCGACAUGUACCUCAGAGUACGAAAAUGUCUGCAGAACCAGGCAUUGAACGACGAUGGGCAAAGAUUCGAUCCAAUGCAAUCAAUAUUAGUAGUGAAAUUGUCAUUGCUGAUGAUGAGACAAGAAUGGCAGGUUGGACACUUUUAUCACCCAGCGAUACAUCCAAUGCAAGAAAAUUUGAGGAAAAAGUGGUUCUCUUGACUGAAAAAGCACUGUAUGUCUGUAGUUAUAACUAUGGACUUGAAAAAGUGAUUCAAUUCAAACGAUUGGCAUUAGAGACUAUUCUUUCUAUUCAGAUGGGUGAGUAUAUCUUAUCUUCACUCACACCUGCUUCUCGAUCAGAAGAUCAAAACUAUGGUAUGAUAUUAAGGCAUUUAACUGAUGGUGAACUUGUACGUUGGAAUACGGGUAGUAUCCAUAAUCAAAGCUUAGGAGAUAUCAAUAUUGAAAAAGAACCUGGUACGAUUGAAGAAGAAGAAGAAGAAGAAGCUAUGGCUACACUAGAAGAAGACGAUUAUAUUGUCUUUAAAGCUGUUCGUUAUAAUGUCUUGGGUGAAUUAGAUGGCGAGGUCGAGACAUGCAAACAGCAAAUUAUAGAGAUGGUCAAGGAGAUUGCCAAAGCAACAGGCCAUUCGCCUGAAGACAAUGAAUUUAUUAUCCAGAAGCCCAUCAUUAGUUUAGAACAAGCACAAAAGACAGACGGUAUCUUUAAAAAGAUGGGUUAUAGACUUAAACAAGCUAUUUGGAUUUAA